UUGGGUGCCCCCUCACCCCUCGAGGGACACUUUGCGAGGGGCACCGCGUUUUGGGGGGGGGCACCCCACAGUGCGCAGCGGCACCCACUUUGGGGUGCACCCCCCCCCAGCAGUGACCCCUCCCAAUGCAGUGGGGUGCCAGCAUCCCCCCCUUGAUUUGGGGACCCCCGCUCCGUGCUGCAGGAAGCAGCACAUUUAGGUGCCCCCCCACGUGGCACAGGGGUGCCGGGGGGAGGGGACACACGAGUGGGUGACCCGUGACCCCCCCAUGGUGGCAGUGGGUGCUGCAGGGUUUUGGGGUGCAGGAGGGCCGUUGGGUGCCCCCUCCCCUCCCCGUUUCCUGCCCCGGCGGGGCCGGAAGCUGUGGGUGACGCAGGUGACGCGGGGCCGUGACAUGGGUGACACGAGUGACACGGGGCGCGGGUGCUGGGCCCCCACCCUGCGGAGGGGCCCUCCCUGACCCCCCCUCCCCACAGCCUCUUCCUCCUCCUCCUCUUUCUCCUUCCAUCCCUCCUUCCUUCUCUGGCCCCUCCCUCCAGCUCUUCCUCCUUCCUCCUUCCCUCUCUCCGUCCUUUCCUCUUUCCUCUCUCCCUUCUUCCUCCAUCUCUCCUUCCUCUCCUCGUCCUUUCCUCCCUCCUUUCUUCCUCCAUCUUUCCUUCCCUCUGUUCCUUCCUUCUUCCUCCCUCCCUUCUUGUUCCCUCUCUUCCUCUUCCCCUCUCUCCCUCCCUUCUUUCCUUCCUCCUCCCUCCUUCAUUCCCUUUCUCUUCCUUCUCCCUUCAUCCCUUCCUCCAUCCUUCCCUCCAUAUUCCUUCUCCCUCCUCCUUUCCUCCCUUCUCCUUCCUUCCCUUCUUCUCUUCUUCCUUCAUCCCUUCCUCUGUCCCCCUUCCUCCAUCCUUCCCUCCCUUCCUCUUCCUCCUCCACCUCUUCUUCCAUCCCUCCCUCCUCCAUCCUUCCCUUUUCCUUCUCCCUUCUCCAUCCAUCUCCGUGUCCUCCUUCCUCCCUCCCUCCAUCCCUCCUUCCCUCUCUCCUCUUCCUCUCCCCCACCUACGGGGACCCCCCACCCACCUCCAUCUCCCCCUUCUCCCCCAGGUCUGACCCCCGGCCAUGGGGCUGGGCAGGACGGGCAGGACGGGCAGCUGCCCGCGUGCGCCGGGGGGGCGGCCAUAGGGGGGACACCACGCCAUGGAGCCACCAAAGACCCCCCCCGCCACCACCCCCGGGGUCCUGGCGGCACAGGAUGCCAUCGUCUUCUCAGGGGCGGGGGCCGAAGGGGUGACCCCCCCCGCCGUGGUGACACCCGCCGUGGUGACACCCACCGCAGUGACAGCCGGUGGCACCGACGUGUUCUGGGCCAGCCUGCUGCAGGCCCAGCUGUGCGUCCAGGAGCUGCAGGGAGCGCUGGACGGACAGUGGGACGGGGGGGACAACAACUGGCCCCCCCAGCAGGGCUGGGACAGCGCUGGGAGCAGCCGGCACCAGUGUGGGGCUGCGGCGACGGGGGACAAUGUCUUACACCAGCACGCAGCCAGCGGUGGGGGCAUCUCGCCCAGAUUGAUGCCCACGGAUGAGACCAUCUCGCCCAGAUUGAUGCCCACGGAUGGGACCAUCUCGCCCAAGACUAUGACCACGGAUGGGACCAUCUCACCCAGACUGAUGCCCACGGAUGGGACCAUCUCGCCCAAGACCAUGACCAUGGAUGGCACCAUCUCACCCAAGCUGAUGCCCAUGGGUGGGACCAUCUCACCCAAGUUGAUGCCCACAGAUGGGACCAUCUCACCCAAGUUCACGCCCAUGGGUGGGACCAUCUCACCCAAGACCAUGACCACAGAUGGCACCAUCUCCCCCAAGCUGAUGCCCACAGAUGGGACCAUCUCACCCAAGUUCAUGCCCACAGAUGGGACCAUCUCCCCCAAGCUGAUGCCCACAGAUGGGACCAUCUCACCCAAGUUCAUGCCCACAGAUGGGACCAUCUCACCCAAGUUCAUGCCCACAGAUGGGACCAUCUCCCCCAAGCUGAUGCCCACAGGUGGGACCAUCUCACCCAAGUUGAUGCCCACAGAUGGGACCAUCUUCCCCACGGAUGAGAACAUCUCACACAAGAACCAAGGCCAUGGAUCCACAUACAAGAGCAUCUUCCAAGUGUCCACAGGUGGGAACAUCUCACACGAGCAUGAUGGCCAUGCGUCUACAGAUGGGAGCAUCUCCCCCAAGUUCAUGCCCAUGGACGAGAACAUCUUCCAUGAGCACCACGGCCACAGAUCCGCAUACGACAGCAUCUUCCACAAGUCCACAGGUGGGAACAUCUCACCCAAGUCCAUUUCCAUGGAUGAGACCAUCUUCCAUGAGCACCAAGGCCAUGGAUCCAUAUCCAUCUUCCACGUCUCUGCAGAUGGGACCAUCUCACAUGAGCAGAUGCCCACAGGUGGGACCAUCUCGCCCAAGUCCACACCCGUGGACUUGGGUCCCUACCAAAGCUGGGGAUUUGCGUACGAGAGCAUCUCGCAUGUGUCCAUGGGUGGGGGCAGCUCCAACAAGCACCGUGGCCACGUGUCUACAGAAGGGAGCAUCUCACCCAGGUCCGUGUCCAUGGAUGGGAGCAUCUCCCCCAUGGAUGAGACCAUCUUGCAGGAACACCUGCUGAUAGAUGGGACCAUCUCACCCAAGUCCACGCUCAUGGAUGGGACCAUCUUGUACAAGUCCAUGACCACAGACAGGAGCAUCUUGCCCAUGACCAUGACCAUGGGUGGGACCAUCUCGCAGGAGAACAUGCCCACAGAUAGGACCAUCUUGCAGGAAAACAUGCCCACGGAUGGGACCAUCUCACCCAAGUCUGUGUCCAUGGACAGGAACAUCUCACAGGAGCAUGUGCCCAUGGACAGGAGCAUCUCGCCCACGACCGUGACCAUGGAUGGGACCAUCUCACAGGAGGACAAGACCACAAAUGGGACCAUCUUGCCCAAAUCUAUGCCCAGGGCCAUGACCAUGGAUGAGACCAUCUCACAGGAGAGCAUGACCAUGGAUGGGUCCAUCUUAUACAAGUGCAUGACCAUGGAUUUGACCAUCUCGCAAGAAAACAUGACCACGGAUGAGACCAUCCUGCAGGAGAACAAGCCCAAGGAUGGAACGAUCUCACCCAUGACCAUGACCACAGAUGGGACCAUCUGGCCCAAGUUUGUGCCCCAGGACAGGACCAUCUUGCAGGAGAACACGCCCAUGGAUGGGACCAUCUCAUCCAAGUCCAUGACUAUAGAUGUGACCAUCUCGGAGGAGAUCAAGCCCAAGGAUGGAACGAUCUCGCCCAUGACCAUGACCACAGAUGGGACCAUCUGGCCCAAGUUUGUGCCCCAGGACGGGACCAUCUUGCAGGAGAAAAAGCCCAUGGAUGGGAUCAUCUCAUCCAAGUCCAUGACUAUGGAUGGGACCAUCUCAGAGGAGAUCAAGCCCACGGAUGGGACCAUCUCGCCCAUGACCAUGACCACAGAUGGGACCAUCUGGCCCAAGUUUGUGCCCCAGGACGGGACCAUCUUGCAGGAGAAAAAGCCCAUGGAUGGGACCAUCUCAUCCAAGUCCAUGACUAUGGAUGGGACCAUCUCAGAGGAGAUCAAGCCCACGGAUGGGACCAUCUCGCCCAUGACCAUGACCACAGAUGGGACCAUCUGGCCCAAGUUUGUGCCCCAGGACGGGACCAUCUUGCAGGAGAAAAAGCCCAUGGAUGGGACCAUCUCACCCAAGUUCAUGACCAUGGAUGGGACCAUCUCAGAGGAGAACGUCCCCAAGGAUAGGACCAUCCUGCCCAUGACCACGGAUGGGACCAUCUCACCCAAGCAGCACGACCCCCAAAGCAGCGAGGAUGAGGAUGAUGACGAUGAUGAUGAUGACGACGAUGGCAGCUCCUCGCGGGAUGAAGACCCCGGUGACGGUGACGAUGCUGACGACGAGGAGCCCCACUUCCACACCAACCCCCUCUUCCAGAGCCGGCUGCCCCCACCCAUGGGUGCCCCCCAGGGGGUUCCCCUGUACCGCCCCCACCAAGCUGCCCUGCUUGUCACCGUGGGGGGGGACAAUACCCCAGGGAACACUGGGGGGUGUCCCCCCCUGGCCUGUACCCCAGGAGGGGAUGUCCCCAGUGCUGCGGAGUGGGGACCCCCCCGACCCCCAGGCCUGGCACUCGCUGAGCCCCCGGAUCAACCCCUGGGUUUUGGGGACCCCCCGGGACCCUCCACCCCCCCAGCGGGGGGUGACCGGGACCCCCCCAGCCCCGGUUGCCCCCCAGGAGAGGGAGACCAGGAUCUGCCCCUCCCCAGGCCUGUGGCCCCCCCACAACCCCCCCUGGGAGGGGGGUACCAGCCUCCCUCACCCCCCCUAGAUUUCACCCAGGGAGGGGGGGACCAGACCCCUCCACUCCCCCCAGAUUUACCCCCAAAAGUUGGGGACAAGCCCCCCCCUAAACCAUUGCCCCCCCCAUAUUUGCCUGAGGGAAGGGGGGACCAGAAACCCCCAACCCCCCCAUACCAGCCCAUGAGGGGGGGGUUCCGGCCCUCCCACAGCCCCUUGACCCCCUCAAGUCACCCUCAGUGCCCCCCCAGCCCGUUGACCCCCUCAGAGCCUCCCCCCAGCCCCCCAUAUCAGCCCAUGAGACGGGGGUACCAGCCCCCCCCCGCUGUCCCCCAGCGCCCCCCCAGCCCCUCAUAUCAGCUGAUGGCAGCGGGGGUCCAUCCCCCCCCGAGCCCCCUGACCCCCCCCCAUCUCCCCAAGUGCACUCCCCGCCCUGUGACCCCCCCAAAUCUGCCCCCCAGCCCCACAUAUCAGCCCGUGGCGAGCUCCCCACUAAGCCCCCUGACCCCCCCGGAUCCCACCCCCUCAUUUCACCCCCUGGGAGGGGGUCACCAUCCCCCUGCCCCCCUCUCCUCCCUUCCCCCACGGGGUCCCUCAGCCCCGGGGGGGGCUCCAGGAGGUCACCCCCCCACAUUGGGACCCCGCUGUUCCCGGGUGUCCCCGGGUGUUUCCUGCACGGGGGGGGAAGCGGCGCAGGGUCCCCCCCCCGUCACCCCAUCGUCACCGCACCCCAACGUGGAGGAGCUGUCCCCCCCUGCGACGGCCCAGGAGCCCCCCCUGGACCCCCCCGCCAGCACCCAGGGGUGCCCUCCGGGGGGGUCCCCAGUGUCCCCGGACCAGCGAGGGGACGCGCAGCGCUUGGCCGCCCGCCUCUUCCACCUCGAUGGCUUCAAGAAAUCCCAAGUGGCCUCAUUCCUCCGCAAGAACAAUGAUUUCAGCGCGAUGGUGGCCCAGGAGUACCUGGAGUUGUUCCAGUUCGGGGGGCAGACACUGGACCAGGCGCUCAGGUCGUUCCUGCAGGCGCUGGUGCUGACGGGGGAGACGCAGGAACGCGAGCGCAUCCUCAGCCACUUUUCCCGGCGCUUCCAUCACUGCAACCCCGGCGCCUUCCCCUCCCCUGACGCCGCGCACACCCUGACUUGUGCCAUCAUGCUGCUCAACACCGACCUCCACGGGCAGCGCCUCGGCCGGGCCAUGACCAGUGCCGAAUUCAUUGCCAACCUCAGCGGGAUGAUGGAUGGGCAGGAUUUCCCCAGGGAGCAGCUGAAGGCUCUAUACAGCUCCAUCCGCAACGAGAAGCUGGCGUGGGCAGCGGAUGAGGAGGAGGAGGAGGAGGAAGGCAGGGGGGGCAGCCCAGCCCCCCCGGGCCGUAAGAAGAGCAACCCCUUGGUGGAGCUGCCGGGGGGGGCCGGGGCGCUGACGUACCGCAGGGGCUGGCUGGCCAGGAAGGUGCUGGCGGAGGCUGACGGCAAGAAAACGCCGUGGGGCAGACGAGGCUGGAAAGCCUUCCACGCCGUUCUCAAAGGGACAGUCCUCUAUUUACUCAAACCUGGGGGGCGAACGGGGGGUCCCCCCCGGGCGGGAGCCUCCCCGGCCCCCCAGGAGGAGGAGGAGGAGGAGGAAGAGGGGGCACCCGAGGCUGAAGAACCUUUGGGGGUUCACCACGCCUUGGCCGAACGCGCCAGCAAAUACACGAAGCGCCCCAACGUCUUCCGCCUGCAGACAGCCGACUGGCGCGUCUUCCUCUUCCAAGCCCCGACGCCGGACGAAAUGUUCUCUUGGAUCUCGCGCAUCAAUUUAGUGGCCGCCCUCUUCUCCUCGCCCCCCUUCCCCGCCGCUGUCGGGUCCCAGCGCCGCUUCGUGCGCCCCAUCCUGCCCGCCGCCCCCAGCCGCUGCCCCCCGGAGGAGCAGCAGCGCUGCCACGAGGAGUGGAUGGAGCGGGUGGCCCAGGAGCUCCACGAGCACCAGCGGAACCUCCCCGAGAAGCGGGGCCGGGCGCUGGACGAGCAUCGUCUGCGGAGGGAUUACCUGCUCUACGAGCGCCGCCGCUACGAGACCUACGUGCAGGUGCUGGAGACGUGGCUGAGCGCGGGCGCCCAGGACCUGGAGCGCUGGGAGUCGCGGGCAGGGCCAGCGCUGACCCCCCCGGAACCCCCCACCCUCACCAAGGCCCAUUCCAGCCCCUCGCUGGCCCCCGAUCCCCCCCAGGCCCCCACUGUCCGCGUCAAGAGGAACAUCUCCGAGCGCCGCACCGUCAGGAAGAUUGUCCCCAAACGCAACAAGAACCUGCUGUGACAGAUGGGGGGGGGACACUGAGGAUGGGGACACACACACCCCUCAAUUCACCCCGGUACGAGGUUCCUUCGGGCACCACCAGCAUUGAGCCAACUCGGAGGGGCUGCGAUUUAGGAUGGGGAAACUCAGGGAGACCCCCCGUAUAAAAAUAAAAGGGAUGGGGGGGUCACAGCAUCCCCCCACUAAAUAGAAAGCAUGGGGGGGGGGUCACACCCCCCCAGAAACAAGGGAUAGGGGGGUCACAGCCCCCCUUGCCCCCCCCAAAAGCGUCGCGCUGCACUCCCUCCCUGCUGCUCUGCAUAGUGCAAUAAAGGUGUACGUGUCACCGCUUCCA